AUCCUCCUCGGUAGUCGGUGAUGAUACAGGCACAAACGUUCCGAACUAGAAGAUCCCUGCCGACAACGAGUAGAAUGGAAGACGACGGCCGGAUAGAUGCGAUCCCGGAAGAGAGAACCGAGUUGAUGAAGAAUUCAGAUGUUUUGCUGCCAACAGGGCAACCGACGUCGUCGGAUAGAGCCGACGAGAAUGGUUUGUCUUCCGACGAAGACCUCUUCACCGACGAAGGGGUGCCAGUGAUUGGUUUCAUAUCGAGAUACAUAAACCUUCCAUAUGCUGAUUUACCCAUGGAAGCCAAUGGGUGUGUCAUCGAUACGUAUGCGCGUGCAACGAUCAACCUGGCAUACUUCUUUGUCGGUACAGCCCUUUUGAAGCUAGCACUGCAUCAGGCUUUAUCCAACUGCUUUUCCAAAAAAUCGAGCCAGGACGACUUCAUAAUAGAGGAAUGCAUGACGGAUCCCAAGAUUUUUGGUUUCAAGCCAUCUUCGCUGCUGACCAACAUGGGUGCCCUUGGAUCCUUUAUUUCUGUAGUCUCUUUGCCGAUUGUCGGAGCGGUGGUCGACUUUACCCCCUACCGUAGACAAGUUGGAUUAUGCAUGGCAUCCGGUUUGACUCUGAUCAAGAUACUCGAGAUCGGAAUCCGACAAAGAAUCUGGUUCUUCGUGGUGUGCCUGCAGGUGCUUUCUUCUCUUUUCUUCCAGACGGAGAAGGCAGCGAUGUACGCAUACUCGGCAGAACUCUCCCACCAUCCGACAACCCAAUCCAAGUUUCAAUCGUCUCUGGCAUUGACGCUUUUUGCCUCCAUGUUUCUCUAUCUGCUGGAGGUUCAAGUACUGAGCCGCGUCCUGGACCUAGAUAACGACGUACACAUCGCGAGGCUCGCAGUAAUUAUUACCGUCCUCAAUUGCCUGCCGUUAUACUGGAUCGGCUGGGGCCAUCUCUUUCCGGACAAGCCGCCCGCCUCGAUCCUGCCGGCGGGCCAAAACAUACUCACGGCGGGGKUUCUGAAGCUCCACCGGACCUUUCACGAGAUUUCCAGCAACUACAAAGCCGUCCGGCACUUUUUGGUGUUCAGCCUCGCCUGGUCGGAGGCGGGCAUUGCGGGGCUUCCGAUCAUCAUCACCACCUACAUGAGCGAAUUCCUGGAGAUGAGCUCCCUCCAGAUGGGUUUGGUGCUCUUCGUGGUCAUGAUCGGCGGCAUACCGGGGUCCGUGAUCGGGAACCGUGUCUGCAGGCGCUACAAGAAUCCCGUACGGAGCGCACAGGUUGGCCUGGUGGUGUUCAUUCUGAACACCGUCGCGGCGGGUUUGUUUCUGCGGGCGGACUCCAAGCUCCGGAUGUUCGGGUUCUCCUUUGUUUGGGGGAUUUGCCUGGGUUGGCUGCACCCACAGCACACGACUAUCUUUGUGACGAUUUCUCCCCAGGGGCAAGGGUCGGUCGAGCUGAUGGGACUGUAUCUAUUUUCGUGCCAGAUACUCGGUUUCCUCCCGCCGUUGCUCUUUACGGUUCUGAACGAAAUGGGGGUGCCCAUGUGGAUCGGGAUAAUGACGCUCGCCCUGUAUACUUUGAUAGGACUCCUUGGCCUGGUCUACAUGGGAGACUACGAGGACGCUCGCAGCCUGGUCGUGUCCGACGUCGACCUGGGCUCAUCGUCGAGGAAAGGGACGUAGCUUUCCCGAAUUCCAUGGAGAAUACAUGCAAUUCUCACAA